CACGAAACAAAACAAAAAGAGAGCCAGAGAGAGAGAGAGAAAGAGAGGAGAGAACGCAUUGGCAAUUCGGCAUGGGCAAACUGUCAACUGGACAAGUUUGUGACAGACAGGUUCAUCCCUCCGCUGUGAAGACUGAAGACGUAGGAGACGAGAAGAAAUAAAGAAGAUAACCCCCACAAACAAACAAACUUCCAAAAUUGUGUGAAGCCGUGAACGGAUGAAUGGUGGCGAUUAUGACUAAAAUGCAUUGAAAAGCGGGGAACAGGGAAACUUGCAGAUUUCGUCUCUCUCUCUCUCUCUCCAUCUCCAUUGUCCAGCCAGCGCCAUCAGUCCCAGAUCUUUAGGCCCUUCCCACCCAUCUCCCGACCUAUAUAAAUAGCAGCAAACCGAAAUAAAUGGCCGCGCCAUCUGUUAUACCGGUUGGUUGUGGCUAUUCCUCUCCUACCUUGUCCCGUCACGUUUCCAGGAAUGGAGGAGCUUAUUCACCUCUAGCUUCUUCGUCCUCCUCUUCUUUUCCGUCUUCUUGCUCCUCCUGCUCCUGUUCUUCCUCUCCGGGACUCAGCUUCUCUGCCGGUGUAAAUAGUAAUUGGAAACAUCAAGAUUUUAGAGCCCAAGCAAUGGAUACGGCCUCUCAAGGAAGUUUUCAAUCCUCCGAUGUACUGACCAAUGGAAGAAAUGACCCUGAUCAUCUUCUUGUUCUUGUUCAUGGCAUCCUUGCUAGCCCCAAUGACUGGACUUAUGUUCAAGCAGAUUUGAAAAAGCGCCUUGGAAGAAAUUUUAUGUUAUAUGCAAGUUCAUCAAACACCUUCACAAAAACUUUUGGUGGCAUAGAUGAAGCUGGCAAACGACUAGCAGAAGAAGUCAAACAAGUUGUAAGCAAGACAGAGAGCCUGAGAAGGAUUUCCUUUUUAGCUCAUUCUCUUGGCGGUUUGUUUGCAAGAUAUGCGAUUGCAGUCCUUUAUUCAGAAAACACCGAUAAUCAGCUCAAACUUAAUGACGAUGUUGAUUCUGCCACUCGUUCUCGAAAGGCAAGCUCUUCAAGAAGUGGUAGAAUUGCUGGACUGGAGCCUGUCAAUUUUAUUACGUUAGCAACUCCUCAUCUUGGAGUCAGAGGUAGAAACCAGCUACCACUUCUCCUAGGAAUUCCCUUCUUAGAGAAACUUGUUCCUCCAAUCGCCCAUAUCUUUGUGGGCAAAACUGGUAAGGAGUUGUUUCUUACUGAUGGCCAGCCCAACAAACCACCUCUGCUUCUAAGAAUGACAUCAGACUGUGAAGAAGGAAAAUUUCUGCUGCAGAGCUGCCCUUGGGGCAUUCAGAUGCCGCACAGUGUAUGCAAAUGUGUCUUAUGACCGUAUCCUAUGCAUCAUAUAUAAUUUUAUAAGACAUCUUGACUUUCUUCCUUCGCUGCGUGAUUAGCUUCCUUGACACAACUAACCAAGACAUGGUUGGGUGGCGCACUUCCUCCAUUAGAAGAGAGACAGAACUAAUGAACGUGAGGCUUGUUGCUUUAACUAAGCAUCAGUUGUUCACAGGCAAUUGACUAAAGGCAUGUUUGGCUCUUUGCAGCCCCCUCGACGAUCAUUGGAUGGUUACAAGCAUGUUGUAGAUGUCGAGUAUUGCCCUCCAGUCUCUACCGACGGCCCCCAUUUCCCUCCAGAAGCAGCAAAAGCCAAAGCAGCAGCACAGAAUGAUCCCAGCAACAAGAAUACAUCAGAGUAUCAUGAACUUAUGGAAGAGGAAAUGAUACACGGUCUGCAGCAGUUGGGAUGGAAAAAGGUGGAUGUCAGCUUUCACUCAGCAUUCUGGCCAUUCUUUGCGCACAACAACAUACACGUGAAAAACGAAUGGUUCCAUAAUGCCGGGGCUGGAGUUAUCGCUCACGUUGCAGAAAGCCUGAAGCAGCAAGAACCCUCUUCGUCCCACUUAACUGCUAGCUUGUAAUCUGUUGAAGUAUGGAAUGGAAGUCAAAGAGAUGAAAACCUCUUUCUUCUACUAGCACUAGGGGUGGAAUACCAGAAUUCCCCAUUAUACGACUAUAGGAUGAGCGUAGUAUAUAGAAUAGAAGCGUCAACAUAUCUAGAGAUCCUAGUGCAGGGGAAGGAUGUAACUAUUUGGAUACCCUGAAAUCAUUAUCAUUGAUUUGCAGCAAAACCUAUUUGCGUUGCAAUUGCAACUGCAACAUCUAUUACCGAAAGCAAAUACGUCGCUUUCUUGCUGCCAUGAUAGCUCUGGAUGUGAGACGAGGGUCAUGGGACGUCAAUCAAUAAUGAACCACUUGCAGUGCUCUCACC